GCCUGAAAGGACAAAGCAGCAUGGCCUGCGUGUACUGCUCCCAUGGGUUGGCAUGGUAACCGUGACCCGUGCUUCGACCAGGACCCUUCAGAGGCACCACCCUCUCCUGCAAGAUGCGCCACCGGGAAGAACGUCGCCUCUCAAGGUAGAGCGCUCACGACUCCUUACUCAAAAGAGGACACUCAAGGUUGGACUCACUUCCUCACGUACGGAGGAGGUGAUUUCAGAACCGUCGAAGUUUGGUCACAAGUUCAGAUCAGAGAAUGUCGACAUCUGCUAUCCGCCGGUGUUUCAAAGUGGGGGAAUCUACGACUUGAGGCCGAGUGCGCAAAGUAAUGAUGACCCCUUGUAUUAUGAUGCCAUGGCGGUGAUUAUAUGUGCUCUGGGUGCUCGCUAUUUAUCCUACUGCUCAAACAUAGCAAGGACAUUCCUCAUUGAUGCAGACAGCUCGCAAGAAAAGGCAUACAAGACGCUUCUAGAAGCACAUCAGGCAGCUAUAAAUGCCCUUCGACCCAAUGUGAAAUUGUCUGCUGCUUACGAGGCUGCACUUGCUGUGUUCAACAAGAAGGCCCCUGAACUGGUGCCAUAUUUGACAAGGAACGCAGGAACUGGAAUCGGUAUAGAGUUCAGGGAGUCUGCGCUUGCACUGAGUCCAAAAAAUGAGCGCACAGUCAAACCAGGAAUGGUUUUCAAUGUAGCGCUGGGGCUUCAAAAGCUAGCAAAUCCUGGUGGAAAGGAUGCGAAGACGAAGGAGUACUCUUUGCUUCUUUCCGACACAGUUGUUGUUAGGGAAAAGGAUGCAGAGGUUGCAACCGCAAGUUGUACAAAAGAGUUCAGUGACAUCGCAUAUUCAUUUAAGGAUGAUGACGAAGAGGAUGAAGAGGCGGCAGCAGAGGACAAAAAGAGGCCUACGAGAGCAGCACCUCCUGCAGAUGCUCCACCUGCCAAGGCUUUUCUGCGGUCAGACACCGGGGAGGUAACGAAAGAGGCGAAGAGGAAGGAGAAGCAGGCAGAGCUGGCGAAGCAGAAAAAUGAUGAAACGUAUCGAAGGCUGGCUGCACAAGCAUCUGGGCAAACUGUUGGAACAACGGCUGUACGGUCAACUGGUGACAUCCAGGCGUAUAGACGAGUGGAUGAUAUACCGACAGGGAAGGAGCUCAUGAUUGAGAUUGAUGAGAGGAACGAAGCCGUUCUCCUUCCUAUAUAUGGGCUCAUGGUGCCGUUUCACAUUUCAACAAUCAAAAGCGUUUCAAAUCAAAUCCAACAAGAUGGAGCGCAUGCCUACAUAAGGAUAAAUUUCAAUGUACCUGGAACUGGAUUUGCUGCUGCGUAUGCACCUGCUCAGAAAUACCCCGACGCCAUUUUCCUUCGGGAGGUAUCGUUUCGAUCAAAUGAUGUGAGACAUUCAGCCCACGUUGUACAGCUUCUGAAGACGACAAAGAGAAUGAUGGCCCAGCGCGAGACCGAGAAGGCAGAUCGUGCAACUCUAGUCACACAGGAGAAGCUUAUGUUAGCAAAAGGUCGCCCAAUCACUCUGCCGGAUCUCUCGAUUAGGCCAUCGUUCCCUGGGCGUGGGAAGAAGCUUCCAGGAGCUCUGGAGGGCCAUGCGAAUGGUUUCCGAUAUGUAGCGGGCAAUUUCAAGUCAGGGGAGCGGCUUGAUAUCAUGUAUCGCAACAUUAAGCAUGCAUUUUUCCAGCCAGCUCAAAAUAACCUUAUCACGCUUCUCCAUUUUCAUCUUCACCAUCCAAUCAUGGUUGGGAACAAGAAGACAAAGGAUGUACAGUUGUACACGGAGGUCCGUGAAGGUGUGGAGUCCCUAGACGGUGGCCGCAGAUCGAUGUAUGACCCAGAUGAAAUUGAGGAGGAACAGAGAGAACGAGAAAGGCGAAAUAAAGUAAACACAGAUUUCCAGCAAUUCGUUCGCAGGAUUCAAGAGCUGUGGGAGAAGGACUUUAGGAAUCUUGAUCUGGAGUUUGACAUUCCUUUCAGGGAACUUGGUUUCCCUGGUGUCUCAUACAAGUCAACAGGGUUCAUCAUGCCAACUGUGAAUUGUCUGGUGGAGUUGAUCGAAAUGCCAUUUCUCGUGAUCACAUUGAAUGAGGUCGAGAUUGUCAAUCUUGAGCGUGUGGGGCUGAAUGUGAGAAACUUUGAUAUGGUUAUUGUUUUCAAGGACUUCAAGAAGGAUCCAGCACAUAUUGAUGCGAUUCCAACGUCCUCGCUGGACACCAUAAAGGAUUGGUUGAACUCCAUGAACAUAAAGUAUUAUGAGAACAGGCUGAACCUUAACUGGAAGGAGAUUUUGAGGACCAUCACAAGUGAUCCAGAGCAUUUCAUCAAGGAGGGGGGAUGGGAGUUUCUGAACAUGGAUGCAAGUGAUGAGUCGGCGUCGUCAGAUGAGUCUUCCGGCUAUGCGCCAACGGAUGAGGAAGAGGAAGAUUCAGACUCAUCAGAGGAGGACUCUGAAGACGAAUCUGUUGUAGAUUCCGAUGAAGAGGGUUCAGACGAUGAGGAUUCAGAUGAAGAGGAGGAAGAGGGUUUGACUUGGGAUGAGCUUGAAGCGCAAGCAAAGAAGGCCGAUCGAGAAAGAGAUCCAUCAGAUGACAGCGAUGACGAGCGGCAGAGGCGGAAAGUCAAGGCAAGGCCGGCAGAUGGGGGAAGAGGCCCUCCGCCAAAGCGCGUCAGGCGAUGAACACCCAGAGGGCCCACCGUGCAGCAGGUUUCCUAGCCUUAUUUAGCCGGAAGAAUAGACUAAGACCACCAGUGGGAUAGUUUCUGUGGUCUCGGUGCCGUAUUGCAGAGUGGAAAGGGGUGAAAUUCGGGGACGAGGAGCAGUCGAUGAGGCCUUUUGGUAUGAAAACAAUUCAGUCAUGCCUUUGGUACCAUGCAGCAGGUGUUCCUGGCCUUAUUUGGCUGGAAGAAUAGAGGAAUGUCAGUAGGAUUUUCCGUGGUGUCUGUGCUGUAUUGCACUCUAGGAAAGGUUGAAAGGGAGGAGGGGGGGAAGGAGGGAAGGAAGGGAGUAGUAGUGAAAGAGGCCUUUUAUGUGUGAAAACAUUUCAAUCAGGUGUCUGGUGUCCAUGUGGCAGCCUCCACAGAGGAGUCUUUUAACUGUUAUAUGAGUGAUGCAGUUUGCUUCAGAUCUAUGGGAAUGGAUUUAUCUGAUUGCUUGCGAGUUGCAAUUCCAUUGAAGGUCGUAGCAGUAUUCUCAUUUCCCUAUUUCUGAUAACUAUUGCAUAUAGCCAGUUUUUUGUUCAUUCUGAACAACCGUUUAAGGGGGAGAAGGAGUGUGGUCACACGACAGAGUUUGCGGGCCUGUUUAGUGGAGGUGUAACUGAGUACGGAGUCAUGUGAUUAGUCCACGAAUGAAGGUACGUGGAAAAGUGAGCAAAGCGGUCAUUCUGCAUUUUUUUCCCUCCUUUUCCACUGUCAUCUGGGAGGUUCACAUGGUGAUUUUAUGCUUGUGAAGAAAGAGGAUGUAGACCAAUACUAAUUCCAUUGCAACUGUCUGCAACUAAGGAACACAAAAUGAGGGUGUGCUGCAGUUUGGGUGCUGAGCCUCCUGUCACGUACCGUCGUUCAGCUACCUUCAUUUGAUUGUGUGGAUGGCUUUCGGCACAAUAUCACUCUAUUUUGGGGAUGGUGCAUCAUUCCCUUCUUCGCUCCCCUUCAACUUUGCAAUUGGAUCAUCUUAAAAGUUCCAGUUCACGAAGUAUGGCUGUUACCGGUUUGUACGGCAAGAGCUUCUCGGAUUCGGGCCUUGGCCAGUAGCGAAUGCGGCAGGCAACUUUGAAAAGGCGCAGUUGCAGGCUCGUGAGCCUUGGAAGGUAGCUUUGCCAACUCAGUCCUGUGAACUGGUGGUUUAAGAAGCAUUCAGAACAUAUAUGGUAUUAGAUUGAGGAAUAAUCCGCAUACAAUCUCACCGGAGAAUGUGGAUAAGUUUCACUCUGUGUCGUCGUUUCAUGCCCCUGAGCAGUUUGGAGGGAUGGUGGUUAGUGAGGUCAGUCACAUCUGUUCAGUUGGUCUGGCUGUAGAAAUUAUGCGCUGUCAUCUUUCAUGGGAAUGUCGUCUGGUGAGUAGUUUGGUGUACACUAACCUCUUGCGGGAGCGAUGCCGCAACAUCUUGUGCAUUGCAUUUUGUUAGAGUUAUGAUCAGUGUAUGGGCUUCAGCCUUUAGCAUCACGAACACCCACGGAGAAGUGCCCGUGGGCUGUUCAAUUGGAAUGGUGGUGUCGGCCAUGAUGAGGGUGAUGGGCGGUGAAUGGACUUGGGGUUAUGGCCAGUGCAUGCACUUAGGGUUUGGGGUUUGCAAACAGCGAUGGAUGUAUGGCGUCAGGCUGUUCUGUAUAGUCUCGGUGCAGGUAUAUGGGGUACGAGCACUCCAAUAGAGUCAGAUGAAUUAAGUGAUUGAUAUGAAUGGAAGGAAGCUGAGAACCGAAAUGAAAUAACUUGCAAACU